AUGCUAUUUGAAUUAUUAGUGUUUGAAUACUAUCAUUGGAAAUUAUUAGGCACUGUUGAAUUAAACUUUGACAAGCUAAGGUGGAAUGUUGACGGUGAACUGACUUUGCCGUCAUUUGGUCCUUCUCAUAUCUGUUUUUAUGACAAGUCACAACAAUUCUUUCAUGGAAAACUUUUGAUUUCAAUUGCGACUGAUAAAUUUCCCGUCAAACCUACUCAAACUAUUCCUCUUAUAAAUGAAUCAGAAUUUUGGGACGAAGAAAGUUUCGAAAUGAGGACUAUAAUCGUCAGAGCAGAUCUAUUAAAUCAUUUGGGAUCACACUUUGAAAUCAGUUUAAGAUGUGAACAUCAGACCUCAAAUACAAUAGAUUUGAAUGUUAAAACUUACGAUAUUGACACAAAAUUGAAAUUUGUAGAUUUUGCAACGAAUUCUCGACCAAUCAUGACGCUUAGUAUUAAACUUCCAAACAGUUUCAAAAAAUAUCACUUGAGAUUUGGGAUAAAGAAACUUGUCAGACAGAUGGCAAGAAAUAUGGAAUACUUCGAGAAUUUCCAAAUACAAUAUCCAAAUGAAAUAAAUUACCAGUCCUACAUCAUGCGUUCGCUCUUUGAGGAUUUCAAUGCAGCAAUAAGAAAACUGAAGUCCAAAUUGUUUUACUCUACUUUAAAAUCUAUCACAGAAUGGGAUGAGAAAUAUUUGAAAUUUCUUGACAAUAAUUUGAAUUCCGUUUUCCUAGUUUCAAAGGAUAAACUCACUAAUUUUAAUUUCGAUGAAGCUGUUCAAAAUUACAAACAUUUCCAAGAAGUCAUUUCACGAUUGGUUAACAAUAUUCAAGGAUCAUUUCCCAAAGUUUUUCUGGAUGUGACUUAUGAAUCUAAAAUUCUCGCAAUUCAUGAAUUCGCCAUAGAAGAAUAUUGUCAUUUUUCAGAUUUUGAUGAUCAUGGGGAAAAAAGUAAAAGAAUUGUGCCAUGUGUAUUAAAACCGAUUACUUGCAAUCAUGCGUGUGAAUACUGCGGAUGUUUAUUUGGGAUGUUUGAAUUCCUGACAUGGUUUGGAAAUAAUAAAACUGCAAUGAUGCCGAAUAAUACUGUCCUGUUAGACGAAAAUAAAAUAAAAUUCUGCAAGGAGCAUUUUUAUAAUUGUGAAAUAAGCAUACAUCAGGGAGCAAUUCCACCAUACCAUCACCAAAAAAAUAUGAGUUCUUUGAAAUUGGUUCUUUUUUCAAACGGGACAACAAAGAUGUCAAAGAAGACCAUAAUAGGAACAGGAAGUCUAACAAUUUAUAAGGAUUCAUGUAAACCAAAUCAAAUUCAACUAAACGAUACUGUUGCUAAGAAAAAUAUUGGCAUUGAACAUGUACAAGAUUUCCGAUCGAUACCUCAAUUGAAAUGGAUUAAAAUUUUCAAAGAUGGUGAAAGACUUGCAGAUGUUCUUGUUUCAGCUGAGUAUACAUCUUUCCAAUCAGCUCUUAUCAUGAAACAAAUUAUCAAUAACGACACAAAUAUAAAUCAAAUUAAUAUGAAAAUGGAAAAAUAUAAAAUCAAAAUUGAUUUCAUUGGAAUUCGCAAUAAUACGAAAAAGUCGCGAUGUCAACAAAUAGGUAACAAAAGAAUUGAAUUUAUUUUUGGAACUAACAAACUAUCGAGUGGAUAUUCAAUUGAAACCUGCGGUCAAAGCGUCAGCUUUACGAAAUCAAAAGUAUUAGCCUAUUGGAUUUUACCAGCCAUUAUUGAAUUUUGGCCUCCAAUAGUCAUAAACUACUUAGAAAUGUCUUCAAAAUCCUCGAAAAUUAUAGGAACAGCACUGAUUAAGGACUCACGUAUAUUUUAUCAUGAGAAGGAGCCAAAGAUAGUUCAGCAAUUUGUAAUCAAUCGGGAAGAAACAACUGAGAGACUUCAAGAUAAAAAGCCUAAUAGUCAACAAAACGAAGUUUUGCCACUUAUUACAAGCAUCAAGGUAUCAAAAUAUAAAUUCAAUCUUUAUGAGUAUUUAUUGCAGCUCAAGAGAAAAACAUUUAAAAGGUCAUUGGUAAAUUCCGACCAUGUUCCGACACAUCGUAUGACACUUGAAAACGAAUGUACAUGGUGGACAAAGUUUUAUAAUUCUCAUCGUACACUUGAAAGUUAUAAUGAUUGUCUCCAUCAAUUAGUUAUUUACAAUGAAGAAUUAGAACAUCAGGAGUGUUUUAAUAGCUUCAAUGAUUGGGCUAUACCUAUCGAACUUAUAAAACGCAAUAAAAAAGACAAGAAAUAUUUUGUAUCUGGAGUUCUUAAGACUUCGCUAAAAAUUUCAAGAUGUGAUGGAAGAAAUUAUUUUAAAUCUGAAAGGCAUUUACAAAAAUCAAAACUGCUUCAAGUGGAUCAAAAUUUUCCUGUUGAGCUUCCAAUUAGAAUUCAUGUUUACGUAAUUCAAGGUAUCAACAUUCGGUCCCAUGAUACCAAUAGCUAUUCGGAUUGCUAUUUAAAAGUACAAUUUGGAGAUCAAGUCAUAUCAGAUCGUUCAAGCUACGUACCAAAUGAAUUCAGUCCAAUCUUUGGAAAGUGCUUUCAAAUAUCAGGCGUGGUUCCAAGAGAAACCAUGCUCUAUAUUUCUGUUUUUGAUCGUGAUACACUAUCACCAAAUGAUUUUAUAGGUCUCACUUCGAUUGAUAUUGAAGAUCGUUUACGAUCUAAGCAUUGUGCUAAUUGUGGUUUACCAAAAGAAUUUAAUACCAAAGGUUAUAAUGCUUGGCGUAAUACAUUUUUACCAUCAAAGUUAUUAGAAAAAUUGUGUAAUAAUUUGAAGCUUAUGGCACCACAAUACUACACAGACCAUAUCCAUUUAGCCGGCAUCAAUUUUAAAGAUUCAAGCAAAGUUUCUGAUGAUGGAAACAAAAGAGAACGAUUAGCACUUUCCGUACUUAAUAGAUUUCAUGAAAUACCUGGCAUUGGUUUCAAACUUGUUCCAGAACAUGUUGAAACAAGAUCAUUGUAUCGAGAAGAUCAAAAAGGAAUUGAACAAGGAAAACUCAUGAUGUGGGCAGAAGUAUUCAACUUAAAUGAAAAAAAUAUAACACAGCCAGUAGAUAUAACUCCUAUUCCCCCUCAUGCUUAUGAACUUCGUGUCAUUGUCUGGGGGGCCAAAAAUAUCAUCCUUCAAGAGAGAAACCUUUUCCGAACUCGUAUGAGCGAUAUUUACAUUAAGGCAUGGUUAGACGACAUUAAAAAAACUCAAUACACCGAUAUUCAUUACCGUUCUAUUAACGGUGAAGCAUUGUUCAAUUGGCGCAUGAUUUUCCGUUUCAAGUAUUCAAUAGGUGAAGAUAUGAUGAUAAUCUCAAAGAAGAAAAAUCUUUUUGAAAGUGUUCCGAUGAUGCAGAAAAUGCCUGCGGUGCUUAACUUACAACUUUGGGACAAUGAUACAUUUACACACGAUGAUUUUCUUGGAAGUCUCAGCAUAAAUUUGUCACACUUUUCAAACCGUUUUGAUUCUCAGGAAAAAUGUAAUAUUAUGAAAUCGAAUUCAGUUCAUGAAAAUUUAUUUGCUAUGAAAAACAGUAUAAGAGGUUGGUUUCCAAUUCGUGGAAGAAGUAACAUUGGUUCUAAUAAGCAAACGGUCAGUUACGUACCUACAUAUUUAACAAUACCAGUGAUUAACUUGAUUUUAAAAAUAUUGAAGGGUGCACUCGAACUUGAAUUGGAAGUACUCUCAGAAAACAAUGCUAACAAGAAACCUGCAGGACUUGGCCGAGAAGGACCUCAAAUGUUACCAAUGCCAAAGUAUAUUAUCAUAUUUUAUGUUUAA